CGUCUAAUACUGUAUUCAUCAUCGGAUACCAUUUUGCAGAGCUUGCAGAACCCACCAGCCUAGUCAAUUGAAGCAGAACUAUGCAAGCCAUCGAAACAAGUAAAGUAAACCGCGCAGAGAUUCCCCAACCUUUAUGCACAGCGCUACAGAUUGCAGUUUUCAACAUGUUCAAUGCAACCGGGGUUCAACCGAGCGCGGUAGUGAGUCAUUCUAGUGGUGAAAUAGCUGCUGCGUACGCUACAGAUGCUAUUGGCAUGGAAGAAGCCAUCAUAAUCGCCUAUUACCCUGGAUUUGUGACUACAAACCAAAAGUUGAAGGGGGCUAUGGUUGUGGUUGGACUUGGCUCUGAGGAAGUUAGCGAAUUUUUCAAACCCGGUGUCGUUAUUGCACGUGAAUAUAGUCCUGACUCUGCAAGCAUCUCCUGGCGAUGAAAAUGUUAUUUUGGAUGUCAUCGAAGAAAUAAAACCUCAUUAACAUGGCAUCUUAGCACGCCGACUCAAAGUAGAUAUCGCCUAUCACUUACCUCACAUGAAGCCACUUUCCAGCCAAUAUAGGAAUUUGAUGCAGGAUGAGUUAAAACUCAGAAGUAUCUGUAGAAAGAAUCUACCUGUAUCGAUGUUCCUAAGCGUAUGGGGCGAAAAAUAAGUUUCGGCAGAAUCUCUGUCUACAGAUUAUUGGGUGGCCAACUUGAUAUCGCCGGUACGAUUUAACGCGGCCUUCAAAAUCUUUGUUGGGAACGGAAGGACUCGCAGGAAACAUAUUGCUCGAAAUCGGCCCUCACUCAACAUUAGCUGGCUCUCUUAGACAGAUGUGCGCUACUAUAGGUGCUGCCUAUACCUAUUUUCUGACCUGGUUCGGUCCUCUUA